AUGGGGAAUAUUACUACUACUCCUCCUCAUUGCAGAGUAGUGUUACAGAUUCUGUAUCUCCUUGGCUUGGUUUUCAUUGUGCAUUGCUCACUAGCAGUAGCUGUACAAGAAAACAAACUUGUUGCUUCACCUGAGUCUAAUGGUCAGGUAAAUAGCACCUUAAAAACUUACAUUGUUUUCGUGGAAAUACCUGAGAGUGCUGUUGGGCUUUCUACCCAAUCUGCAGAUUUAAACGAUUGGUAUCAAUCAUUUUUAUCUAAAGCUAUCACCACAAGCUCAAACCACCAGCGUCCGCGAAUGGUUCGGACAUAUAAAAAUGUUGUCGCUGGUUUCGCAGCGAGAUUGUCGGAAGAAGAAGUAAAAGCAAUGGAAAAGAUGGAAGGCUUUGUGUCUGCUCACCCUGAGAAAAAAUUUCCAUUACAUACCACUCAUACUCCAAAUUUCUUGGGGUUGAGCGAAGGAGCUGGAUUAUGGAACGAAUCUAACCAUGGCAAAGGUAUAAUCAUCGGACUUUUGGACACUGGAAUUGCUCCCGGACAUAUUUCUCUAAGUGACGAAGGAAUGCCUCCUCCGCCGGCGAAAUGGAAAGGAAGCUGCGAUUUUGAUCCAGGCAUGUGUAACAACAAACUAAUCGGAGCAAGAAAUUUUAUUGCUGGUGAUUAUUUGCCGCCAAAUGAUAUGAUAGGACAUGGCACACACACUGCCACUACGGCUGCAGGAGGUUUCGUCAAAGGCGCUGAUGUGUUCGGAAAUGCGAAUGGCACGGCAGUUGGCAUGGCACCUCUUGCUCACUUGGCCAUUUACAAAGUCUGUGACAUCUAUGGUUGCUUGGAAAGUGACAUCUUAGCUGCCAUGGAUGCCGCGGUUGACGAUGGAGUCGAUGUUCUUUCCCUCUCCUUAGGAGGUGGUUCUCUUCCUUACGACCAAGACGGAACGGCCAUCGGAGCAUUCCGAGCAAUGCAAAAGGGAAUCUUUGUUAGUUGUUCGGCUGGUAAUGAAGGUCCUUAUGCCUCUACUUUGUCAAAUGAAGCGCCAUGGAUUCUCACUGUCGGAGCAAGCACCAUUGAUAGAGCCAUCAGAGCAACCGUAAAGCUCGGAAAUGGCGGUGAAUACGACGGCGAAUCGCUCUUCCAACCUCAAGAUUUCAAUUCCACAUCGUUGCCUCUUGUCUACGCAGGCUCGUCGACUGCAAACCAAUCAGCUCGUUAUUGCGCAGCUGGAUCUCUCCAAUCCUUCGAUGUGACAGGAAAAAUAGUUUUGUGCGAAAGCGGUGGUGGCGACGAUGUUUAUACUCUUGACAAAGGUGAAGAAGUGAAAAGAGUCGGCGGAGCUGCUAUGAUACUCAUGAAUGAAAAGAAAGAAGGUUUUAGCAUCUUAGCCGAUCCUCAUGCUGUACCAGCUUCACGUGUGAGUUAUGAUGCUGGGAAUAAGAUCAAAGCAUAUAUAGAUUCAACAACAAAACCAGAAGCCACAAUCUUAUUCAAAGGAACCGUUUUCGGAGACUCAUCUGCUCCCGCCGUCACUUUUUUCUCAUCAAGAGGGCCAAGCAAAGUGAGCCCCGGAAUUCUAAAACCGGACAUUAUUGGUCCUGGUGUGAAUAUCCUAGCAGCUUGGCCAGUUCCAGUGGACAUCACCAACUCAAAACAACCAUUUAACAUUAUCUCAGGAACUUCAAUGUCUUGUCCACAUUUAAGCGGCAUAGCCGCUUUGCUCAAGAGCUCUCACCCCGAUUGGUCUCCGGCCGCCAUUAAAUCCGCUAUCAUGACCACCGCCGAUGUGGUUAACCAUGACAAGAAGCCAAUCAUUGAUGAACAGCUUUCACCGGCAGAUAUCUUCGCCACCGGUGCAGGCCAUGUGAAUCCAUCUAAAGCAAAUGAUCCGGGGCUUGUUUACGAUCUCGAGCCUGAGGAUUAUGUUCCUUAUCUAUGUGGAUUGAAUUAUACAGACAGUAGUGUAAGGAAGAUCACACAAGGCUCUGUUAGCUGCACUGGAGUGAAACCUAUACCGGAAGCACAGCUAAAUUAUCCAUCUUUUUCUGUGGAUUUGGGAAGAAAGAAGCUGAGCUAUACGAGGAGAGUGACGAAUGUUGGUCAGGCUAAUUCAACUUACAAUGUGGAUAUUUCUGCACCACCAGGGAUUGAAUUGAGCGUCACACCUCAGACUCUCGUAUUCACAGAGAUAAACCAGAAAGCUACAUACAAAGUUGAAUUUAUCCCACAUGGAGAUGGUAAGACACAUGGUAAGCAUUAUUCACAUGGAUAUAUAAGGUGGGUGUCUGGUAAUUAUUCUGUUAGAAGCCCAGUAUCGGUUCAGAUCACUUCCUAUAGUGAUUCUUCAUACAACACCAAAGUGUCUCUUUAUGUCCACAUCUUUGGUCUAUUUAUCGUUAUUGUUGGAUUGUUAAGUUAA